AUGGCAGAAGAUUUAGAAAUUGCUUUAAAAAUGAAGGAAUUGAAAUAAAACCUCAAAAAGCUCAUAAGUUUAUGAGUGAAUUGUUGAUGAAAAUUAUGGACGCAGAAAAUUUAAAGAUUUUUUUGGAACUGUUUUCUAGACUAUGCUGGGAUAGAAGAUAAUGAUUAAGAUAUGAUUGAUACAUUUAUAGAGAUUGAGGAAAUGAAGACACUACAGGAAAUGUUGAUCCAGAGAAAUUGAUUAGAAUAAUUAAGAAUGAAUUUGAAUUAACGAUUGACAUUGAAGAAUUAGUUAAAGAAGUUGAUACUGAUGGAUCAGGAGUAAUUGAAUUUAGAUAGUUUAAAGAACUAUUAAAAACUAAUUACUUAUAAGAAGAUGAAAAUGACUAUCCAUGA